AUGGCGGCUAACAUAUCACCAGGAUCAGUGCACAUAUCAUCACCAUCAAACAUAAAUGGAGCACAGAGCGGUGAACCAGUGGACUGGGCACAGCGACGUGAUUUGAGCAAAUUAAAGGACAGAAUCAUUUCAAUGGCUCCAAAACAGAUGAUGUCUUAUCCAAACUCUCUAGUAUUUACCCAUGACACAAAGGCACGGGUAAACACCAGAAAAAGACAACAGGCUGUUAGACUUGAACCACUGCCUGUUUUAAAAGUGUAUCAGGAUCACCAUCAGCCUGAAUACAUAUAUCAGAAGAACGCAGAAGAUUUGAUAAAUCGAGGUGUACUUUUACGGCCACCUUCUGCAGAGAAAAGACUGCAAGCUGUCUCAUCCCCUGUACGACUGCCUGAACUUCCAGAUGAUUUAAAGGAAAAGCAGUUACAGCUUGACUUCAGCAGAACAGUGUCUCCUACACCUCCAAAGCAGCCAAGGACAUCUGCUUCAAGACCUGGGUCAUAUAAACGAAUACCUUCUCCACCAUCUACAGUGUUUGAUACUGCAGAAGAUGUCAUCAGGGCUAAUGUUAAAGAUCCUCUGCAGAUCAUCAAUAUACUGUUAGAAAAUAAAAAAUUAGGCUUCCUUUACAUGACUCCUGCUGUGCCUAAGUCGUCAAUUGAAAAUGAUCCAUAUAAUCUAAGAAUUGUAAACCAUGACAACAUCAACAAAUAUGACUAUUACACCAUAAGUGAUCGGGGAGCCACCCAUAACUGUAAUGGAGAAGUUCUAUUCCUUGAGCUGGAUCGAUGGAAGCAAGAAUAUCUUUACCACAGAGCAUUGAAGCAGAUCCCUACCUUUGCCCUCUUCCGUAAAUGGAAAACUUUUACAGUAUGGAGAAAAAAUGUCCGUGCCAAGAAAAUUAGUGAAUGUCGCAAGGCCCUGCAGGAGAAUCUGUUUAUUGUUAAUUCAUUUUUGCGGCCUGCCCUCCUCAAUAUCCAAGAAAUGUGCUAUCGAAUUAGUGACAUGGGCCUGUGUCGUAUUGAGAAAGGUUAUACAUAUACAUUGAAAGAAUUUGCAGACAACCAGUUUAAACAGCUUCAAGAGGUUGCAAAUCGAUUGUAUGAGUUCCGUGACCUUGCAAAGGAAGUGGUCAGGAGUGCUAGUCGCACAGCUUUGUUAAAAGCUGGAUUUACACCGGAUGACUACACCAAUGAUUCAGAGAAUGCAGGUAUUUUAAAUGGAUCUCCAGUACAAGAUAUGUUGGGUCUGUCUCACUUUGAAGGUGACCCUUUUGGAGAAUCUUCUGAUAAAAUGACAUACACGGAACAGGCAAACAAGAGGUCUCACUGCAGAAGGCUAACAUGCUUUAUUCGAUUGACUGAUUACCUGAUAGUGAACACCAUGCACAUUCUGGCUGUUAACUCAGUGUCAUCUUUGCUAAACUAUCUGGUGGAAAAGAUGAAAUAUACACCAACUCAUGCAAUGAUAGAGACAUGGAACAAUAAUCUCAAGCCAGUUGAAACAACAGACAAAAAGGUAAUUUUAAAAUUAAAAGUUGCUUCAGUGUUGUUCCCGCUGCCUGGUGCUACUGUGGAAGAAGAAAUUGUGCCAAUGUUCCUCACAGAGAUCAUUCUGGAUACCCAGUUACUAUGGUUUGAGCCUUCAUUGGAUGAUUUCCAGGACAGCCUUGCAAAUGUUGUUCAGCAGUUUCAAGAAACAGUGUUGUCAUUAGCCAACCUUGUCCCAGACUCUUAUUUUGAUGCCUUUACUCAGCCAAUUAUUAAUAACAAGUUGGAGGAAAAGACUUGUGGAGAAGGGCCUAGUCUAAGUACUAUGUUUGAAGAUGACAAGCAUUUGCAGGGAUUAAUUUCUCAAAUAAAAGAAACUAUACAGUCUGCAUUCGAUACAGCCAGUGUAUAUGCAAGAACAUUUGAACGGUUUCAUUUGUUCUUUAAGGAAAAUGAAAGUCUAGAUUUGAAAGCGUUAAAGGCUGAAGACCAUGGAGUUGAUUUCUUUGCAGAACAGCUGAAGAAAUACCAUAAAGAACAUGGGGAUGCUAUGGCAAUCACACAGAAGAGAAAUCUAGGAUUAUUGUUCAUAGAUGCCAAAAAAUUGAAAGAUAAAUUAAUACCUUCUCCAAAAAGAUGCUUGGAGGCGAUUAACGAGAUCUUACCUGUUCUGGCUAAGAAAAAGAUGGAUGCCAUCAUAGCUGAAGCUCAAGAUGCCCAGUUCAAACUUGAAUUUUUUCCUACUACAACACUAGAUUAUGUAAAUUCUUUGACUUUCUUGGAUGAAAUUCAAGAACGGGUUGAUGUUCUUGAAGAAGAGUCAAAUGUUGUCUCACAGAUGUAUCAGCUCAUUGAAAGCUAUCAUGUUCCUACACCUCCAGAAGAUUUUGCAGUGUUUGCUACGCUGAAACCUUCAUUCAUGGCCGUUCGAAAUGCCAUUGACAAGUCAGUUGGUGAGAGAGAUGGCAGCAUUGAGAAAUUCUGUCGUUCUUUGGAUAAAGACAUUGUAGAACUAAAUAAAGAAGUGAAGGAUGUCAGGCAGCAGUCACAGGACCCUCAGAUAUUGGAUAUUGCUGCUGAUCAAACCAAAAUUAAACAAAUACUUGCAGACUUGCAAAUAAUUUUGGAUGAAUUACAGAAAAAUGCAUUUCAGUACAAAACAUAUCAGAAGAACUUUAAGGUUGAAGUGACCAGAUUUGAUGCACUGGAAGAAGUGAGUGCAGAAGUAAAACUGAAACAGCUGCUGUGGGAUUCAAUGACUGAAUGGGAUACCCUAGAAGCUGAGUGGAUGAAGUCUAACUUUGAAAUGCUGGACCCUGAGCAACUGAAUUCCUUAGUGCUUAAAUUUGCUAAAUUUGUAAAUCAGCUGGAAAAAGGAUUACCUCCAAAUAAUGUAGUCCCACGACUGAAAGAGAAGGUAGAGAAUAUGAAAGAGAAGGUACCAGUGAUAACUGACCUAAGAAAUCCAUGUUUGAAGCCACGGCAUUGGGCAGCCCUAGAACAGGAGAUCAAUGCUAUGCUGAUAGACCCUGAGAACCCUCUGUCCUUAGAGAAGCUUAUUGAAAUAGGUGCAUUUCAAUGUGCGCAGACAAUUCAGGAUGUAUCCGGACAGGCAUCUGGAGAAGCAUCACUGGAGACUAUACUUAAAAAGGUGGAGGAUUCCUGGAAAACAACUGAACUUACUGCUGUACCACAUCGGGACUCUAAGGACGUGUUUAUCCUUGGUGGAACUGAUGAUAUUCAGGUUCUGCUGGAUGAUAGCACUAUAAACAUAUCCACCAUUGCAUCCUCUCGUUAUGUUGGACCUAUCAAGCCACGUGUUGAUGAAUGGCAAAGAAAUUUAGCCUUGUUUAAUCAAACACUUGAUGAGUGGCUGACCUGUCAAAGGAACUGGCUGUACCUGGAAAGUAUUUUUAGCGCUCCUGAUAUCCAAAGACAACUUCCUGCUGAAGCCAAGAUGUUUUUACAAGUGGAUAAAUCCUGGAAAGAGAUAAUGAGAAAAGUCAACCGAUUACCUAAUGCUCUUAGAGCAGCUACUCAACCAGGUCUUCUGGAGACAUUUCAAAAUAACAAUUCACUCCUUGAUCAAAUUCAGAAGUGCCUGGAGGCUUAUUUGGAAUCCAAACGCGUUGUGUUUCCAAGAUUUUACUUCCUGUCUAAUGAUGAAUUGUUAGAAAUACUAGCCCAGACACGUAAUCCUCAGGCUGUUCAGCCUCACCUGAGAAAGUGCUUUGAUGCCAUUGCCAGACUAGAGUUUGCCACUGCACCUUCAGAUGGGGACCAGGAGAAAGUUUUCACCAAUGAUAUAUUAGCCAUGUUGUCACCCGAAGGAGAGAGAGUGAGCUUGGGCAAAGGGCUAAAGGCCAGAGGAAACGUUGAGGACUGGCUGGGCAAGGUGGAGGAGGCUAUGUACAGCUCCCUGAGACGUCUCAGUAAAGCUGCUAUAGCUGAUUAUCAGAAUAAAAACAGAGUGGAGUGGGUAGUCGCUGGACAUCCCUCUCAGGUGGUGCUGACAAUUUCUCAGCUCAUGUGGUGCCAAGAUCUCACCCACUGCCUCGAAGGGGAUGGCGAGGAAAACUUGAAAUCAGUGGCUGAGUUUGAAAAGGUUAAUUUUGAGAGAUUAAAUGCUUUAGCCGGGCUUGUCCGAGGCCAUCUUCCUGCUUUACACAGAAAUAUCAUAACUGCGCUGAUAACAAUUGAUGUCCAUGCAAGGGACAUUGUCAGUGACCUUGUAAAGGACCAGGUUAACAGCAUUGACAGCUUUGAGUGGCAGAGACAGUUGCGUUAUUAUUGGGACCUUGAUUUGGAUAACUGUGUGGCCCGGAUGGCUUUGUCUCAGUACACCUAUGCUUAUGAAUAUCUUGGCUCCUGUGCUCGACUGGUGAUCACACCCCUAACUGACCGAUGUUACUUGUGUCUCAUGGGUGCACUUCAGCUGGAUCUAGGUGGAGCCCCUGCAGGCCCUGCAGGCACAGGAAAAACUGAGACCACCAAGGACCUUGCCAAGGCUCUUGCUAUACAGUGUGUAGUGUUUAAUUGUUCUGAUGGGCUGGAUUACAAGAUGAUGGGUCGUUUCUUCAGUGGAUUGGCUCAGUCUGGAGCCUGGUGCUGUUUUGACGAAUUUAACCGAAUUGACAUUGAGGUUCUUUCUGUAAUAGCUCAGCAGCUCAUCACAAUUAGAAAUGCAAAAGCAGGAAAGCUAUCCAGAUUCAUGUUUGAAGGCCGUGAGAUUAAGCUGGUUAUGACAUGUGCAGCAUUUAUCACGAUGAAUCCUGGUUAUGCCGGAAGGACUGAGUUGCCUGACAACCUCAAGGCUCUCUUUAGACCAUUCUCCAUGAUGGUGCCAAAUUAUGCCUUGAUUGCAGAGGUUAUUCUCUAUUCGGAAGGAUUUGAGUCCAGUAAAGUUUUGGCCAGGAAGAUGACACAAAUGUAUAAACUGUGCAGUGAACAGUUAUCACAACAAGAUCACUAUGAUUUCGGCAUGAGAGCUGUAAAAUCUGUCUUGGUCAUGGCUGGCUCACUAAAAAGAGAAAAUCCAAAUUUAAAUGAGGAUGUUGUCCUAAUUCGUGCUUUACGGGACUCAAAUCUACCCAAGUUCCUAACAGACGAUGCUGAACUGUUCAGUGGCAUCAUAUCUGACCUUUUCCCUGGAGUUGUCAUUCCUGAACACGACUAUGGUUCUUUACAGUCUACCAUCAUAGAUGUAAUGCUUGCCCGGGGUCUACAGCCUGUAGGCAAUAUGGUACACAAAGUUAUCCAGUUCUUUGAAACCAUGAUUGUAAGGCAUGGUGUCAUGCUGGUUGGUCCAACUGGUGGAGGAAAAACUACAGUUUACCAAAUUCUGGCAGAUACACUGACCGCCCUAUUUAAGGCUGGUGAAACACAUCAUUUUUACCAACCUGUUAAAACAUACGUGCUUAAUCCCAAAUCAAUCACGAUGGGUGAACUAUAUGGAGAGGUUAACAAUUUGACCUUGGAGUGGAAGGAUGGGUUAAUGGCACUGAGCGUUCGGGCAGCUGUGAAUGACACGUCAAAGGACCACAAAUGGAUUGUUUGUGAUGGCCCGGUGGACGCUUUGUGGAUUGAAAACAUGAACACUGUCCUGGAUGACAACAAGAUGCUUUGUUUGGCAAACAGCGAAAGGAUCAAAUUCACACCACACAUUCAUAUGGUCUUCGAGGUCCAAGAUCUAAAAGUGGCAUCUCCUGCCACAGUAAGCCGGUGUGGUAUGGUAUACAUUGAUCCAGAUGAGCUGAAGUGGAUGCCCUAUGUGCAGACCUGGACAGCUGGCCUAUCAAGCAAAAUAAAUGAUGAAACAAAGCAGUAUAUUCUGGAUCUGUUUUCACGUUACAUUGAAGAUGGCAUUAAGUUUGUCACUAGGAAAUGCACACAAGCUAUUCCACAAGUGGAUAUUAGUAAAGUAACCACGUUGUGCUGCCUGCUUGAAUCUCUCCUGCUUGGAAAAGGAGGACCAGACUUAACGAUGGAACAAACAAGACUUAAUAGCAUCGUUUGUCAAACGUUCAUAUUCUGCUAUGUCUGGUCCGUGGGGGGGAACCUAACAGAAAAUCAUUGGGAUGCUUUUGAUACAUUUGUCAGACAGCAGUUUGAAGAUAACCCUGAAGCUAAGCUUCCUACCUCUGGUGACCUAUGGAGUGUCUACAUGGAUUAUGAUACCAAACGUCUAGAUCCAUGGGAGAGGAUCAUUCCCUCAUUCAAGUAUAACAAUGAUGUGCCAUUUUUUGAGAUGCUUGUUCCUACCACUGAUACUGUCCGAUAUGGUUACCUAAUGGAAAAGCUGCUGGCUAUAGGACACUCUGUGCUCUUUACCGGUACUACAGGAGUGGGAAAGUCUGUAGUAGCACGAGGAUUACUGAACAGAAUACAAGAUGAAGCGGGGUAUGUUCCUGUCUACAUAAACUUUUCUGCCCAGACUUCCUCUGCACGGACACAGGAAAUAAUAGAGUCAAAGCUGGAGAAGAAGAGAAAAACUAUCUUGGGGGCUCCCGGGAACAAGCGAGUUAUCAUAUUUGUAGAUGACUUAAACAUGCCAAAAUUAGAUCGAUAUGGAUCCCAACCCCCCAUUGAAUUACUUCGCCAGUAUCAAGAUUUUAAAGGGUUUUAUGACAGAGAAAAAAUGUUUUGGAAAGAAGUUCAGGACGUGACUAUUGCAGCUGCCUGUGCUCCUCCAGGUGGAGGUCGCAAUCCAGUAACUCCACGCUUUAUAAGACACUUCAGCAUGUUAUGCCUGCCAACACCCUCGGAGCACAGCCUUAAACAGAUUUUUCAGGCAAUCCUUAAUGGCUUUUUGACAGAUUUUCCUGUGGCGGUAAAGCAGAGUGCAAGCAAUAUAGUGGAUGCUGCAGUGGAAAUCUACCAUCAAAUGAGCAUUGAUCUACUUCCAACUCCUGCAAAAUCCCAUUAUGUAUUUAAUUUGCGUGACUUGUCAAAGUGUGUUCAAGGUAUUCUCCAAUGUGAUUCAGGAACUGUACGGGAUCAGAUGCAGAUAUUCAGACUAUUUUGUCAUGAGUGCCAAAGGGUCUUUCAUGACCGUCUAAUCAACAGUGAAGAUAAGCAGUAUUUCCAUACAAUGAUGUCUGAGAUGGCCAGUAAACACUUUGGAGUUCAGAUUGAGCCAGAAUACUUUGUUACAAAGCCCAUCAUUUUUGGUGAUUUUAUUAAGGUUGCAGCUGACAAGGCUGAAAGAGUUUAUGAAGACCUGACUGACAUGGAAAAGAUUCGAUCAGUUUUGCAGGAUUAUCUAGAUGACCACAACAUGACCAAUGCUAAAGAUGUCAAACUGGUGUUUUUCCAGGAUGCAGUAGAGCAUGUGUCCAGGAUUGCACGCAUGAUUCGACAGGAAAGAGGAAAUGCUCUUCUGGUUGGUGUUGGUGGAACUGGUAAACAAUCUUUGACCAGGCUUGCAGCUCACAUGUGUGGAUAUAAGUGCUUCCAGAUAGAGCUGAGCCGUGGAUACAAUUACGACUCUUUCCAUGAAGAUCUCAGAAAGCUGUAUAAAAUGGCUGGGGUGGAAGACAAAGACAUGGUUUUUCUCUUUACAGACACUCAGAUCGUUGUUGAAGAGUUCCUUGAAGACAUAAAUAACAUGCUUAAUUCUGGGGAGGUACCAAAUUUGUUUGAGAAGGAGGAGCUGGAGUUUGUAUUGGCAGCAACUAGACCAAAGGCAAAGGAGGCAGGAAUACCUGAAGGAAACAGAGAUGAGGUGUUUCAGUAUUUUAUCAAUCGGGUACGACAGAAACUGCAUAUUGUUCUAUGCAUGAGUCCUGUUGGAGAGGCCUUUAGAGCAAGAUGCCGCAUGUUUCCAUCACUAGUUAACUGCUGCACAAUAGACUGGUUUGUACAGUGGCCCAGAGAAGCCCUCCUCUCUGUAUCACAAACCUUCUUUAUCAACAUUGACCUUGGCAGCGACGAGAUUAAGGAGAGACUCUCUGAAAUGUGUGUGGAGAUCCACAUGAGUGUCACUGAAAUGGCGGAACGCUACUAUGCAGAGCUGAGAAGAAGAUACUACACCACUCCCACCUCUUAUUUAGAGUUAAUUAACCUUUAUCUGUCAAUGCUGGGUGAGAAAAGGAAGCAACUGGUGUCGGCACGUGACCGGGUAAAGAAUGGAUUAAGUAAGCUAUGGGAAACAAACAUCCUUGUUGAUAAAAUGAAAAUCGAUCUGUCAGCCUUAGAACCUGUGCUUAAACAGAAAUCUAUUGACGUUGAAGCCCUAAUGGAGAAACUGUCAGUAGACCAAGAAAAUGCAGAUCAGGUGCGACGAAUAGUAAAAGAAGAUGAAGCAAUUGCAAAAGUUAAAGCAGAAGAGACCCAGGCGAUUGCUGAUGAUGCCCAGAAAGACCUCGACGAAGCUAUGCCUGCCCUAGACGCAGCCAAUAAAGCUCUUGAUUCUUUGGAUAAAGCAGACAUAUCUGAAAUCAGAGUGUUUACUAGUCCCCCAGAUUUGGUCAUGACAGUUAUGGAAGCCAUAUCCAUUCUACUUAAUGCAAAACCUGAUUGGGCUACAGCUAAACAGCUGCUGGGAGAUUCCAAUUUUCUCAAACGACUUAUGGAUUAUGACAAAGAAAACAUAAAGGCUCAAACUCUGCUAAAACUACAAAAAUACAUUUCUAAUCCAAAUUUCAUACCCGAAAAGGUAGAAAGGGUAUCCAAAGCAUGUCGAUCUAUGUGUAUGUGGGUGAGAGCCAUGGAUCUGUAUUCCAGAGUGGUUAAAGAAGUAGAGCCAAAGAAACAAAAACUUGCUGCUGCUCAGGCUGAACUUGAUGCUACAAUGGCUACUCUUCAAGAGAAGCAAAAGAAAUUGAAAGAAGUGGAAGAACAAAUUAAAGAGCUGCAGGAUCAAUAUGAUACAAGCCUUGGGGAGAAAGAAGCCCUUGCAAAAACUAUGGCCCUUACACAAGCGCGGCUUAACCGGGCAGGUAAAUUAACUGCGGCCCUGGGAGACGAACAGGUUCGGUGGAAAGAGAGUAUUGAAAGUUUUGAAGAAGAGAUCUCGAAUGUUGUAGGAAAUGUCUUCAUUGCCGCUGCAUGUGUUGCCUAUUUUGGUGCAUUUACUGCUGUUUAUAGGCAGCUGCUAAUUGAUCGCUGGAUUAAAAAGUGUCAAGAGCUAGAGAUUCCUAUAAAUCCAAAUUUCAGCUUGAUAAAUAUUCUGGGUGAUGCCUAUGAAAUUCGCCAAUGGAAUACAGAUGGAUUACCGCGAGAUCUUGUUUCCACUGAAAACGGUAUAUUGGUUACUCGUGGAAGACGUUGGCCCCUAAUGAUUGACCCACAAGAUCAGGCUAAUCGUUGGAUUAGAAACAAAGAAACCAAAAAUGGCUUAAAAGUCAUUAAACUAACUGAUGCUGGCUUUCUCCGGACGUUGGAGAAUGCUAUUAGGCUUGGAAUGCCAGUUUUGUUAGAAGAGCUGAAGGAAAGUUUAGAUCCUGCUCUGGAGCCAGUUCUUCUGAAGCAGACCUUUGUGUCAGGCGGAAGAAUGCUAAUUCGUCUUGGAGACUCUGACAUUGAUUAUGACAAGAACUUUAGGUUCUAUAUGACGACUAAAAUGCCAAAUCCACAUUAUCUUCCCGAGGUGUGCAUCAAAGUGACUGUAAUCAAUUUCACUGUGACCAGAUCUGGCCUUGAAGAUCAGCUGCUAAGUGAUGUUGUGAGGAUUGAAAGACCUGAUCUAGAGGAGCAAAGAAACCAGCUUAUUAUCCGCAUAAACUCUGACAAGAACCAGUUGAAAGCUAUUGAGGAACGAAUCUUAAAGCUGCUUUUUACAUCGGAGGGGAAUAUCCUGGACAAUGAGGAACUUAUCAAUACUCUUCAGGAGUCAAAGAUAACUUCAGGAGCUAUAAAAACUAGACUGCAAGAGGCUGAAGCCACAGAGCAAAAAAUAAAUACAGCUCGAGAGAAGUACAGGACAGUGGCCACGCAGGGGUCCGUUAUCUAUUUUGUCAUUGCCAGUCUCUCAGAAGUAGACCCGAUGUAUCAGUUCUCAUUGAAGUACUUCAAACAAUUAUUCAACAUGACAAUUGAGUCUGCUGAAAAGAGUAAUGAUCUUGACACCCGUCUAGCAACCCUUCUCAAGGAAACGCUUUUUUCGGCUUAUACCAAUGUUUCACGAGGCCUUUUUGAACAGCACAAGCUUAUUUACAGUUUUAUGCUAUGCAUAGAGAUCAUGCGACAGAACGGAGAAAUAACUGAGUCAGAAUGGAAUUUCUUCCUGCGAGGGGCUGCAGGCUUAGAUAAGGAGCACCCCAGUAAACCAGAUGUGCCCUGGCUUUCUGAUGUCAUUUGGGUUAGUUGUUGUGACCUAGAAAAGAUACUCCCAUGCUUUAAAGGGAUAAAAACCGAUAUAUUAUCUUUACCAAUUACAAUCUCUUUAGGGUCCCUAGAAAUUCAAAUUAAUCCCUCUGCUUGGGAUGGGUAUAACACUCAGAUGUCUAAGGUACAGCCUGGAAAGGAAAGUGAAACUGUGCGUGAAUCAUGGGACGGGAAACUGACCUUAUUUCAGAAGCUGAUUCUUGUUAAAAGCGCAAUGGAAGAAAAGGUUGUUUUUGCAAUCACAGAAUUCGUGAUUCUUAAUCUCGGAAAGAAAUUCAUUGAGAAUCCACCAGUCGACCUUGCUACUCUCUACCAAGACAUGUCACCCUCUACACCUUUAAUUUUUAUACUAAGUACUGGAUCAGACCCAAUGGGAGCAUUUCAAAGAUUUGCAAAAGAAAAAGGAUAUUUGGAAAGGGUACAGUCAAUAUCUCUAGGACAAGGCCAGGGACCCAUUGCAGAAGGAAUGAUAAAAGAUGGCAUGAAAAUCGGGAACUGGAUAUUCCUACAGAACUGCCACCUAGCAGUAUCAUGGAUGUUGCCUAUGGAAGAACUAAUAAAAACUUUUACAGAACCAAAUGUUUCCAUCAACGAGAAUUUCAGAUUAUUUUUAAGCUCUAUGCCAAGCAGAAAUUUCCCAGUUACAGUACUCCAGAACUCUGUUAAGGUUACUAAUGAGCCUCCAAAAGGUCUCCGUGCUAAUAUCCGUCGGGCCUUUACGGAAAUUACUCCCACAUUCUUCGAGGAGCAUCUGCUUGGCAGAAAAUGGAGAAAAGUUAUUUUUGGAAUUUGCUUUUUCCACGCCAUCAUUCAGGAAAGGAAGAAGUUUGGACCACUUGGCUGGAACAUCUGCUAUGAAUUUACUGACAGUGACAGAGAAUGUGCACUGCUUAAUUUAAACCUGUACUGUCAGGAAGGAAAAAUACCAUGGCACGCACUUACUUAUAUAACAGGGGAGAUAACAUAUGGAGGACGAGUAACUGAUGCAUGGGACCAAAGAUGUUUAAGAACAAUCUUAAGGAGAUUCUUUUCUCCCGAGACCCUUGAAGAUAAAUACUGUUAUUCUGGUUCAGGUAUAUAUUUCAGCCCAGAUGCUGACAGUCUGCAGUUGUAUAAGGAGUACAUAGAAAAUCUGCCCUUGACCGAUGAUCCAGAAAUAUUUGGAAUGCAUGAAAAUGCCAAUUUAGCUUUCCAGCGCAAAGAGACAAGUACCUUAAUUAAAACUAUACUGGAGGUACAGCCAAGGUCUACAGCAAGGGGGACAGGAAAGAGCAAUGAUGAAAUUGUGAGUGAACUGGCUGCCUCCAUCCUCUCGAAACUACCAGAAAAAUUGGACAUGGAAGCUGCAUCAGAAACACUCUUUACUAAGGACUCCAAAGGACGUGUUAGUUCAUUGACAACCGUACUUGGGCAAGAAGUAGAUCGAUUCAAUAAUCUUCUCAAAGUACUCAGAAAUUCUCUAGAGACCCUCAAUAAAGCUAUUGCUGGCUUUGUGGUCAUGUCUGAGGAAAUGGAGGGAAUAUACAAGAGCUUCCUGAACAAUCAUGUUCCCACAUUGUGGGCUGAUGCUGCAUAUCCCUCACUAAAACCCCUGGGAUCUUGGGUCAAAGACCUUCUACUGAGGACCGCAUUUAUAGAUUCAUGGAUUCGCAUGGGUCAGCCUAAGUCUUUCUGGAUUUCAGGUUUCUUUUUCCCUCAGGGUUUUCUUACAGGAACACUUCAAAACCAUGCUCGAAAAUAUAACUUGCCUAUAGAUGAACUUAGUUUCCAUUACAAUGUUCUCCCAUAUUAUCGAGACCAGGCAGCUGUCAUUGAGGCCACAAAAACCGUCAAGUUUGGAGAAGAGCUCCCAAUGGAUAAACAGCUACCCACUCCUGAGGAUGGUAUAUUGGUUCAUGGGAUGUAUAUGGAUGCUAGUUGCUGGGAUGAUGAAGACAUGGUAAUUGAAGAUGCAUUGCCAAGACAGAUGAAUCCAGUGCUACCUGUAAUACACUUUGAACCACGCCAAAACUAUCAGCCUAAUUCCAGUUUGUACCAAGCACCACUUUAUAAGACUGGAGCCCGAGCUGGGACACUAUCCACCACAGGUCAUUCCACUAAUUUUGUGGUGACUGUGCUUUUACCAUCAAAGAGACCAAGUGACUACUGGAUAUCAAAGGGAUCAGCACUACUGUGCCAAUUAAAUGAAUAA